AUGGAAAGUAAAGAUGCGAAAGAUCCAUUCAAAGGGGUGGAUUGGAAAUCUGUUGGUGGUGACAUGCAGCAAAAUCCGAGUGCUCAACCAACUUUGAAGAAACGAUUACCCAAGAGAGUUAGGCAAAUUCCUGAUUACUAUUUUCUUCCUCGAUGGCCACUUCCCAAAGCCAUUUUAUUUUGCAGUGCAUGCAUUGGUGGUGGUGUAGCUGCUGGAAUGGUUGUUGAGUCCUGGAUUGAAAACAAAGUUAAAGAAGAUGGAGGGGUUAUUUGGGAAUUUGACAAAUAA